AUGGACGGGUCUCAAGGUCAACCUGCUCAGGGGAUGGUGCCGCCGCCGCAGCACUCAAACCUGAUCCGGACGGAUCAAGUGCAGAAGCUGCCGCACCUGAAUGACCAACAGAAGGCUCAGCAUACCCAGCUGGUGCGUGGCUUCUGGGAAAUUCUCAACACGCGUGACCCGAAAAGUCCUGAAUAUCAGACAGCCCAGAGCAAGCUGUCCACAUUGUCCCAGAAUUUGAUGAAAGGGAUGCGGCUGUUCCAGCAGAACCGACAGCAGGCCCUCCAGGCGGCACAGCAGGGCCAGCCGGGCCAGCCGGGCCAGCGGAAUCAACCGAACAACCCCCAGUCACUCAAUCAACUCCUGCCGCAGAUCCAGGCCAAGGUCAGCGCGCUCAACUUCUAUCUGCCGCCGAACGUGACGCCAGAGCAGGUGCAGACUUGGAUUCCUGAGGCCCGGCUGCGAUAUGGGAUUGCCCUCCAGAAACAGGAAGUUGGACGGGCCCGAAUUGCGGAAAUGCGCCAACAAUUUGCCCAGCGACAGACCCAGGGCAACAUGACCCAGGAAGAAGUGCAGGAGUUCAAGAACCGACAAUUGGCAGCUGAGAAACUGUUCCGGGAGGGCAGUGAAUUCUUGAGCAAGUUCAAGGAACAGCAGGAGAGCUUCAAGGCUCAGUCACACCAAAAUCAACCGGCCCCGGCUAUCAAUCAACCUCCUAGCCAGACAGCUGCUCCGGCCACAACUCCUGCUGCCACGCAAGCUCCUAAUACCCAGGUGGGGAAUGGGACUUCAAUGCAGGCGGGACAGGCGCAAACUCCAGCACCUCACACUGUGAAUUCGGCCGUGAAUGCCGCUCGAAACCAAGCGGGGCAAGCCAUGUCGCCGUCAACGUCGCAGCCAGGGCAGGCACCCUCGGGAACUCCCUCUACGGCAAUCCCCGUUCCACCCAACGCACAGCAAACAGCGCAGCGACCUCAACCUUCCUCACAGCAAGGAACUCCCGGUGCUCAAGUCACGUUCAGUCAAACUCCCAACCCUGAUUCUUCUACCCCCACCCCCACCCCUCCUGGCCCUCAGCAACUGAACCAAGGCCCCCCUCGUCCUCUUUCUCACCAAGCUGCUAUUGCCCAAGCCAACGCAAAUCAGCAACAAACCAUGAGCUCCACCCCCCUAACCAGCAAGGGCUACCUUGCCAACCGAUCUACUGAGGCCUCUGCCCGUAACAUCAACAUGGCCAUCCCCAAGAACCUUAACGUGUCGACACCUGAGCCUGCUCCCAUGCCCCCUGCACGUCCCUCUCUUUCUGGUGGCCCCAGCCACGGCGCUAUGGGCAUGAUGGGUCAGCCCGCGAUCCAGAAGCACCCUGGCUACGUGCUGGAGGGUGAAGGCCAGCGUCUCCUGAGCAAGAAGAAGCUCGACACUCUCGUUCGCCAGGUGACUGGCGGUGGUGAGGGCGAGGGACUCACUCCCGACGCAGAGGAGUUCCUCCUCGAAAUGGCCGAUGAUUUCGUGGACGACGUGAUCACCCAGGCCUGCCGACUGGCCAAGCUCCGCCCCUCGUCCACCCUCGAGCUGCGCGACAUCCAGCUGGUGCUGGAGCGCAGCUACAACAUGCGCAUCUCUGGCUUUGCCACCGACGACCUGCGCACCGUCAAAAAGCCGCAGCCCACCCAGGGCUGGAUGCAGAAGAUGUCUGCCAUCCAGGCGGCCAAGGUCACCCAGGGCAAGACCGAUUAA